AUGAUAAACGACUUUAUUGAUCCCGCCAAAACAAAAGGCCGGAAUCGCAAUUCCGUAGAUCAACUUGAGCCAUAUAAGCAGCACGCACCCAAACAAAGAAUGGGACAACCACGGAAAACAUUUACCCAAAGGCUCAGCGUCAAUAGCGCCACAAGGACUCUGCGUCCGUGCACAUCCCGAUAUUCUAAUAAUCAUAAUAAAGAGCAUCUCUCAAUACUAUCUCUAUCUUGGACUAUGUUAUACGAGCGGCAACGGUUCCUCCUCCUGAGCACGUCACCCAGCGUAUUCAAACCAAGUAUUUUAAAUGUUAAAUACAAAAAACUAUUAUUUCGUCCACUUAUGUAUAAGUUGUAUACAGAGGUAUUUAGAAACAGAAAAAAUAUUAGCUGA